AUGAUUAAGGUGCAUCCUAGAGCUGCUGGUGCAGUAAUCAGUGCCUCUCAGACUCUACAAGAGAUUUGCUGUACUGCGAUCAGUCUCCACUGUGAGCAGUACCCACUGCACAUGAUAGAAGAACUGAGUCUGCCCUGCCUGGACUUGCUGGUCCAGCAUCUAUCAAUGUUUGAUCUGCUGAGGCUGGAGCAGUUCCUGCAAGCUAGAGGAAUAAAUGCUAAACAUAUCAUGUUUGGCCUGCACCGUAAGCUUUUUCAGAGUGGUGAGACCUAUCCAAUCAAGGCAACUACGUGCCCACACUUGUUGAACUUGUUCCCGUGUGAUGGCAUGGAGUGGGGACUGUCUCGCUUACUCUUCCGUAGAACCAUAGCAGUUCUUGUUGAAGAGUAUAACUCCAGUGAAGAGCAAUAUAGAAACUUCCAGAAUGGUAGUCAAGAGCAUCUAGUAAUGAGAAAUGAAUGUUUGAUGGAGAUGUUCUGUCCCCCGAGUGGAUGCUUUGAGGAGGAUAUCAAAGCCAAGCUUUCCCGACUGCCUAUGAUGGUUGAGAAUCUAACCGUCAUGGCCGCUAAGAAAAUUCUGUUUCUGACAGUUGAUUAUAGAAUCCUGAAAUUUUUGCAAGACAAACGAUGUGAAAAUAUAUUGCAGUCAUUAUAUGAAUCAGUAGUUGUGGUAUCUUUGCUGAUGAAAAGUACACCCCAUCUUGUUGACUUUGUGAGGAACAUAAGAAAGUAUGGUAACAAAUUUGAACGUGUGUGUAUAUAUGGAAUCAAGAGAAAUGAUCUGCUGUUCCUUGAUGAGGUUCUGUCCCUGUGCAGUGGAGUUGUUGAAUAUGGGAGCACUCCACAGGGACAGCAGGACAAGGAAGCCUUGAGACAAAUCAUGUUAGCUGAUGACUGCAUGGAGGAGAUCUUUCAUUCCCACACUGAUCCAGAGUUUGAUCUCAUGGAUGAUGCUGUGCUGCUAGGUACUCCAGAUUAUCCUUCCAAAUUUGACAGCACUACAGGUAUGCUAAAAGCUGACUUCAAAUUUACAAACCUGGUGAAGAUUGAGUAUUAUGCCUUGAUAUUAAAUCAUCACCUGAAGUCCUGGCUGGCCUUGCAGGAGCUACAUAUUGGAGUUCCUUGUCUGCAUCCUAAGACUGUGAAGUGUUUGUGUUAUGUUCUGCAGCGACCUCAGUUCAGAUGUUUUACACUGUCAUCUGCCAGUGUUGUCAGCUCUGUAAUAGAGGAUCUUCUUUGCGCAGUUGCCUCACGGAGAAACUCCAACCCCUUAGAAAAGUUGAUGUUUGUCAGUGUACAGGAGAAUGUGGAGUCAUUUGUUGAUUUACUGGUUACAGACCAGCUGAUAACAAAAAGCCAAGAUGAGAUUGCAGAUUUCUUUAAGGUGAAUGAGUCUCAAAAACUGGCACAGUUUCAUGGAUUUCAGGGCACAAAGUUGCUGGAAGUUACACAGUGCACUCUGAGUGCCCGAGCAGAAGUCAUGAUAUGCCAGUUUGUAUUAAAAUGCCAAGCGUUGGAAACAUUAUGUGUCAGUAAUAGCAUUAGCCGAGUCAUUUUACAGACAGUACUCAAGUCUAUGUCCAACACAAUCAGGCCUCUGAACAGCCUCAUCCUGGAGGAUUGGCAUAUUUUGAGAGAUGCCAGCUGUGAGGCUCUCAUUAGUUUGCUACGCUCAGUGUCCCCAUCACUGCAAACUUUAAGCCUCAGGGGUUGUGUAACAGUGGAUGGAAGCAUCAAUUUUAAAGAUAUUAUUGAAAGUGUGGCAGCUUGCAAGAACCUUAAGCAGAUUGAUAUUUCUGAGAAUAAAUUAGGAAAUGAAGGCAUCCAGUUUGUCACAAGAAUUCUAGAGAACACAAAUGUUGCUGAGCUUAGUUUAAGGAGGAAUGACAUGUCCAAAGCAGCCAUCUGCAGCAUCAUAAAGUCUAGUGUGGAUAUUAUGAGGAAAAGAAGACCUCUCGAUUUAUUAGAUCUUCGAGGAAAUUGUUUCUCAGAAGACGACAGAAAUCAGCAGCAAGCUUUACUUAAGGAUGUGGCUCGACAUGUGCUUGUUGAUCCAAACAGUUCAUGA